AUGAGAAAGGCGACUCGAAAGAUUCAUUCCGUGAGCGAUGCGUUGGUCAAUGCAAAAUUUGCCAUUUCUCUCAGAGAUGAAGAGGUUUGGGGUGGCGGUUUAUUUGUAUUCUAUCACAUCUUUUCUUUCCUUGAAGACGCAAAAGGAAGACUUAAUAUCCCUGAUUUGAAUAAGCUUUUUGUAAACAAAAUUCUGUAUAGGAAGCAGGCAUUUGAAGAGGAUCUAACGCAUUACCUAGGUGAGAAUUGGCAAUCAACAGCGAAGUCACCAGCCUUAGAAAAUUACCUUGAACAUUUGCAGAACAUUGAAAAGGAGCAGCCAAUGUUGCUAUUGGUAUAUGUAUACCACUUGUAUUUAGGACUUCUUAGCGGUGGGCAGAUACUUGCAAAAAAAAGAAAAAUGUUUGGUGAAAGAAAUGGUCUCCAAGAUAUCUAUGUGGACAAAGUUACUGAUUUUGGUGAUGUGGACCUCUGUCAACUGAAGCAAGAAUUCCGCAAUGCAAUAAAUGAGAUAGCUGAGAGGAUGACAGCGGACGAAAAAGAUGCUUUUAUAGAUGAAAGCAACCAAGGGUCAACCCAACCGCAGUGCAAUGGGAGAGCCUCGCCCUGGGGGAACCGCCUUCUUGAUCACGGUAUCCCCUACGCCAGG